AUGCUUUGUUUGAAAAUCCCUAUAGUUUUGAACACUCCCUCAAUCAAUUUCUCGCAAAUUGAAACUCUUACCGGAUCGAAUUUCAAACGAUGGAAGUUUGAUCUUGACAUUGCACUAGGCAUGAGUAAUAUCGAUUAUGCUAUCACCCAAGAUGAGCCAACCAAACCAGUUACGAAUUCCCGUGUUGAAGUUAAAAUGGUGCAUGAAGCUUGGAGGAUGGUGAAUAAGGUUUGUCUGUUGGUUAUGAAGAAGACCAUGAAAGAAGCUCUUUUUGGUGGAGUUCCAAAAACAAAUAGUGCCAAGCAGUUUAUGGAAUUCAUUGAAACGAAAUUCAAGGAAUCUGGAAAGGUUGAAACGAAGAACCUCAUGUCUAGGUUGGCCAAUACGAAGUAUGAAGGAGGCAGCGUAAGAGAACAUCUCAUGGGACUCAUGGACAUUACUGCCAAAUUGAACAAGUUGAAAGUACCUUUUGCCCCAAACUAUCUAGUACACAUUGCGCUGGAAUCCCUGCCUUAUGAUCACAUGAAAUCCACCUACAACACUCUGAAGGAAGAUUGGACAAUGGAUGAUCUUAUUACAAUUGUUGUUCUUGAGGAGAAUAGGACGAAAGCUCGUGGUGGUGUGGUUAGCGUGGUUACUGACAAGAAGCAUGAGAACAAGGGUGCUGCAAAAUAG